GAAUAAAAUGUUUAUUUAAUUCAUUGUCACUCAAAUAUGUCUGGCAUCGCUUGGGAGGCAGUCGCCUGACUGCUACAUGACAGAUUAAAUAAAAUUGCAGAAAGCGAGAAAGGUAAAAAAAGUCAUUGUCCUAAAAGUGAAUUCAGUACUUCGGAAGAAUAGAAUACACAUAGCGCUCGAAGCAAUAAUCUAAUUAAUAUAGCCUACAGUCUCAGUGAACCGAAACAUAGGCGUUUAUUUUCUUAUCGGUGGAGAAAUAUAAUCAUGUUGCUCAAUUUCACUAGAAAGUACUUUUCCCUGCUAACGGUGCUUUGCGUAGCCGUAGUAUUUAUCAGCCUGGUUCCGGUCAGCGGAAGUGCAGAAAAGGAGAUACCCAUCACCAAGUUUAGUCAAAAUGUCGGUGGAUAUGGUGUGACAAUGACUUUCCUAUACUGCUAUUCUUGUGGAUAUCGAAAGGCAUUCGAUGAGUACUAUAACAUUAUUCACGAGAAGUAUCCGGAAAUAACGAUUCGUGGAGGCAAUUACGACCCACCUGGUUUCAACAUGUAUCUCUCCAAGGUGCUGCUUGUAACGAAACUGCUAAUGAUAAUCCUUCUGAUGUCCAAUUUUGAUUUCUUCGGAUUCCUCCGGCAACCGAUGCCAUCCUGGUGGCGUUGGUGCACAGAGAACAAGCUGUACGCCUGCAUGAUGAUCUUUUUCCUUGGCAACAUGUUAGAAGCACAGCUAAUUUCGUCCGGUGCUUUCGAGAUUUCAUUGAAUGAUGUUCCUGUGUGGUCCAAGCUGGAAACCGGUAGAAUACCGGCACCUCAAGAACUGUUCCAAAUUAUCGAUAGCCAUCUGCAAUUUUCCGAUAAAAUUGAGCAGAAUCCAGAUUUCGUUAAGUAAUGCUGCUACAGAAAUGAGCAGUUCGGCAAUUGUGAUGCGAGCUGCUGCCCCUCUUCUGUUGCAUUGUUUUAUAUUCUGCAGACUAUUGCAAUUUGUUUGAAAGCUUAAUAGUAUUGUGAAUGUAAAUGUUUCCCAUAUUGUGGCAAAUUGCGCACCUUGCACCAUCCUACUCAAGUCAGAUCUAAUAAAAACGUGUGGAAUGUGUAGAAGGAGUAGGAUUAAGUUUUUGAAAUUCGUUUUAAAAACUUCUACAAAUAGUGAUGGAAAUAGUAAAAAUAAAACUCGCGCUGGAAUGAAAAAAAAUAUGCGCGAAGGUAUGUGAUUAGGUAAUGUUCCAUUAAAAUAAAUUGUCACAUAGAUACAAAUUUUUUAUUUGUU